UCAACAUACUUGAGUUUGUAAUAUGACAUACUGGAUAUAAGAGUCAUUAAGUGGAGUGAUUAAAAAGUAGUUAUUGCUACCACUUCAGUAUUUUAUAGUUAGAGCUUCACUUAAUGUGAUUAAAAAGAAGCUAGAACUACCCCCUGUAGUUGUAUCUUAACUUUUCUAGAAUAGAAGUUGUAACUUCACUUUUGGUGUGAUUAAAGUAUAGUUACAUCUACCUACCUAUAGAUAUAUCUCCAUUAUUUUGGAGUCUGUAGAUAGGCACACUUCACUUUUAUGUCUUGCGUGACUUUUAAUGGCGAUGUUUAUGCAAGUAAGGGAAAGAAGAGUGUACGGUGAAAGAAGAGUAUUGACUAAGUGCAAGGAGCUGAUGCGGUUUGAAAGUGAGAAUAUAGACUUUUUAGCAGAACAAUUUCUACCGCCUAGUGACGAAACUCGGGGGAAAGCACUCACUCCAAGACAACGAUUGGAGAUUUUUCUUCGUUAUACAGCUGAUCCGGGGUUUCAAAGUGGUGUAGCAGAAGAUAUUGGAGUGGACCGUUCGACAGUUUGUAAGAACAUUAAUUAUGUGAUGAACUGUAUUUUGGAAAACGCAGACAACUGGAUACAUUUUCCUUCUACAGUACAAGAAAUAAAUAAUGCAAAGUUGAUGUGGCAAAGAAAUUUUGAUUUACCAACUGUUGUAGGUGCAUUAGAUUGCACGCAUAUCGAAAUAAAAAAACCAUCAAUGUUCGGUGAUGAGUAUAUAAACCGGAAGGGUUACCCCAGCAUCAACGUGCAAGCAACAUGUGACAGUCAAGAAAGGUUCACUAGCGUUGCUGCAGAGUGGCCAGGAUCAGUGCACGAUUCUAGAAUAUGGAGAAGGAGUCCUGUUCGGGAUAUUAUUUCUCGUUAUGACGGUGCUGCG